GAAAAGAGGUCGCUUUUUUGAAGUUAUCUCUUAACUCGUGUCUGAGCAUUUUAGAUCUCAGCACUUGCUCACUACGCUUACCCUUCAUCGGUGCUGAGAUUUGUUACUGUACAUUUUUCUUCUGAUUCGAUUGAGCUUGCGACGAAUUUCAGUUUCUUUUCGAUUUGUUAUUACUGAGUGUGCUUCUCGUGUCGGAUCUCGACGAAUUGUUUCCGCAUUGAAUCAACAAUCGACAUACCUUGUAACCUGUUUUAUUUCUUUUGCUUUUGUGCUCCCUAUCUGAGUCCUCUCUGGGCCGCUUACCUGUAAAUGAGUAAAUUUCAUAAGGUGUAACUUGCUUAUGUAAAUGGUUUUCCCCCUCGACUUGCUUUUGUUUUGUAGUAUCACUUGGAUGCUGAUUGUUCGCCUUUACCUUUUCCUCAUCCCUUGUUACAAAGUCUUUAUGUCCGUAGGACCACUUUGCACCAAUCAUUACCAAAGCUUUGACGGGGAUCUUGUCAGCUUAACUUUUUGGCUGUUGAUUUGUCUGUGUAUCACUGUAGAUGGUGCUACGUGUAGUUCAUAUGAAUUUUUUCCCUCAGACCUCGGUAUGUGUGGCCCAGACCCCGUUUCAUCAACUGAGACAAAAUUCUCAGUUUGUUGCUUCUCCAGAAAUCAUUCUAUAUACACUAGUACCUCAACUCUUGCUGAAUGACUGUUAAUAACAUUAUUUAAUGAAUUGGUUAUCAUGGAAACUGAGUGUGUCAUUGUUGCAGGUCAAAUAAAGAUGGUUGAUCAAGUUCAACACCCAACUGUCAUGCAGAAGGUAGCUGGCCAGCUCCUUCUCCGCACUAGUCUUUCUCAAGACAUGCGAGGUUGCGACGGGGCUUUCCAGAGGCCUGCUCUUUCCCAACGGCGUGCAUAUGGAAAUUACACCAAUGCUGCAUUGAAUUAUUCAACAGUGCCUGCAUGUAGAGCAUCCUCUGACUUGUCCAUGGUUGCAUCAACCGCGUCUCCUGUAUUUGUUCAUGCCCCGGCAGAGAAAGGAUUUGGUAGCUUUGCUAUCGACUUCCUGAUGGGUGGGGUCUCUGCUGCCGUGUCAAAAACAGCUGCUGCUCCCAUCGAGCGCGUGAAGCUUCUAAUUCAGAACCAGGAUGAGAUGAUUAAGACCGGCAGGCUGUCUGAACCGUACAAGGGCAUUGGUGACUGUUUUAAGAGGACAAUGCAGGAUGAGGGUGUUGUUUCCUUGUGGAGAGGGAACACGGCCAAUGUUAUCCGUUAUUUCCCCACUCAGGCCUUGAACUUUGCAUUCAAGGAUUACUUCAAGAGGCUGUUUAACUUCAAGAAAGACAGGGAUGGCUACUGGAAGUGGUUUGCCGGUAACUUGGCAUCAGGAGGUGCAGCCGGUGCUUCUUCCCUUCUGUUUGUGUAUUCCCUGGACUAUGCCCGUACGCGUCUGGCCAAUGAUGCAAAGGCUGCCAAGAAAGGUGGAGAGAGGCAAUUCAAUGGUCUCGUUGACGUUUACAGAAAGACAAUGGCUUCUGAUGGUAUUGCCGGUCUUUACCGUGGGUUCAACAUCUCUUGUGUUGGAAUUAUUGUGUACCGUGGACUCUACUUUGGAAUGUAUGAUUCUUUGAAGCCAGUUCUCUUGACUGGAAGUUUACAGGAUAGUUUCUUUGCUAGCUUUGCUCUUGGCUGGCUCAUCACAAAUGGUGCUGGGCUUGCAUCCUAUCCAAUUGACACUGUUCGCAGAAGAAUGAUGAUGACUUCUGGUGAAGCUGUCAAAUAUAAGAGUUCCCUGGAUGCAUUUUCUCAAAUUCUGAAGAAUGAGGGUGCAAAGUCUCUCUUCAAGGGUGCUGGGGCAAACAUCCUCCGUGCUGUUGCCGGUGCUGGUGUGCUUGCAGGCUACGAUAAGUUGCAGCUGAUCGUAUUUGGAAAGAAGUAUGGAUCUGGUGGUGCCUAAGCAAGUGCGUUGUGCCUUUUAGAUGUAGAUGGUGAUGAAAAUCUCGAGUUCUAAUAAUUUACUUCGGCAAAUUUUUUUUGAUGGAAUAAUUUUGAGUUAGAGGGAUAUUCUCCCAAACCAGUUGUUACUUUGGCUGGAAUUUUUGGUCCCAUUAAACUGUGAUUUAUUAGAGCGGCAAGAGUUCUUUUGCUGCUUGGAACCUUAAUGACAGGAAAUGAGUUAUUUCUCUUAAGGCACUUCUGUAGUAUUUACUAGAUUGAGGUUAAAGGUCUUUGUCGGA